GGGAAGCCAGAAGCAUGGAGACGGAUCCUUGGCAUCGAGAAGAGGAGAAAGUCAAAGAGAAGAGGCGCUUUUGAGAGAGCACCAGAUUUUACAGUAUCUCCUGUCACCCAGCAUCCCUCAGCCUGCAGCUUCUGUUGCCAGCCUGAAGUCUCCUGAUAUAAUAGCUCCGAGAUGAAGUCUCAUCGGAAAAUCCUUAUGGCUCUUCCUCUGCUUUUUCUCCUGACCCUUCACACCCUGGCCUCUUCAGGCUAUGGCAACUGGUCUGACACCAGACACUCCAGUGCCUGCAUAGGGUGUGUGCUGGUGGUGUCUAUGAUUGAACAGCUCACUCAAGUUCACAACUCGACGGUCCAGAUCUCAAUGGAGAGACUGUGCAGCUACUUGCCUGAAAAACUGUUCUUGAAGACCACUUGCUAUUUAGUGGUACAUAUAUUUGGACCAGACAUCGUAAAACUAUUCAGAGCAGAUAUGAAUGCUGAUGUGGUAUGUCACACCCUAAAGUUUUGUAAACAGGAUCCUGGCCAACCCUUGUGUCACCUCUAUCCCCUUCCCAAGGAGGCAUGGACAUUUACACUUGAGAAGGCCAGACAGAUUGUCAAGAAAUCUCCAGCUCUGAAGUACUCCAGAAGUGGUUCUGAUAUUUGUUCACUCCCAUUUUUGGCCAAGAUCUGUCAGAAGAUUAAACUAGCUACACAAAAUUCUAUGCCAUUCAGUGAUGCUGAUUCAGACAAAUAUAGUGAUUUCCCAACACUGCGGGGCUUUCACUGGCGAGGGAGAGAUUGCAACGACAGCAACAAGAUGGCAUACCCAGGCAGAAGGCCAGACAACUGGGACUCAUAUCAAGAUUCCAACUGUAAUGGCAUUUGGGGUGUUGAUCCAAAAGAUGGAAUCCCGUACGAGAAGAAAUUCUGUGAAGGUUCACAGCCCAGGGGAGUCAUUUUGCUGGGGGACUCAGCUGGGGCUCAUUUCCACAUCCCUCCUGACUGGAUCACAGCUUCGCAGAUGUCUUUGAAAUCCUUCUUCAAUUUACCAAUAGCUCUUACCAACGAGCUUGACUGGCCCCAGCUAUCAGGUACUACUGGAUUUCUGUACUCCACCAGCAGAAUUAAAGAAAAUUCUAUUUACCUUCGUUUACGGAAAAGAAACCGCUGCAAUCACAGGGACUAUCAGAAUAUUUCAAAAAAUGGUGCAUCCUCCCAAAACCUGGAGAGAUUUAUAGAAAGUUUAUCUAGGAACCAGCUGUUGGAUUAUCCAGCCAUUGUCAUAUAUGCCAUGAUUGGAAAUGAUGUCUGCAGUGGGCAUAUUGAUCCUCUCCCAGCAAUGACCACUCCUGAGAAAUUGUACUCCAAGGUCAUGCAGACUCUGCAGUAUCUAAAUUCCCACCUGCCAAACGGCAGUCAUGUUAUUUUAUACGGCUUACCAGAUGGAAGAUUUCUCUGGGAUCAUUUGCAUGACAGAUAUCAUCCUCUUGGCCAGCUCAACAAGGACGUGACCUACGCGCAUUUCUACUCCUUUCUGAACUGUCUCCAGGUCAGCCCCUGCCGCAGCUGGAUGUCUUCCAACAAGACGCUGCGGACUCUCACUUCAGAGAGAGCAGAACAACUCUCCAAAACGCUGAAAAAAAUUGCAACCAGCCAGAAAUUUACGAACUUCGACCUUUUCUACUUAGAUUUUGACUUCCAAGAAAUCACGGAGGAGUGGCAAAAGAAAGGUGGGCAGCCCUGGCAGCUCAUCGAACCCGUGGAUGGAUUUCACCCUAAUGAGGUGGUUUCACAGCUGUUGGCAGAUCGCUUCUGGAAGAAGAUGCAGCACCAGUGGCCUCACGUCCUGGGAAAGGAGAAUCCAUUCAAUCCCCAGAUUGAGGAGGUGUUUGGAGACCAAGGGGGGCACUGAGGCCCCAAGGACAUGUGCUUCUGGGGAGGCAGCAACCUGGGUAAACUCAUUCAACAAACGGUUGUAGGGGCUGCUUGUCACAAACAUAAAAUUAGGUACAAUUUAAAUACUUAUUUAGAAUGAGAAGAAAUCACAACAAGUUACAAAUUUUUGGAAGUUAACAAAUAUAAGCUCCACAAAGUCUAGGGAAAAAAUGACAACUUUUCUUUCUUUAAAAGAUUUUCUUACAUUCUUUGGCUACAUAAUCUGAUUACUUCUUCCUAUAAUAAUGCUUUUGUAAUAUGGUUGUUUAUAGAUAGAAAUUUUUUUUUCUUAUUAUUGAUAGUUUAGAAGAGUUUCUUUCAGCUACACAACUCAUCACUGGUAAAGCUGUGUAAAUUUCUAGGAUUUUUUUCAAAAUGGGAAGACCUCGAUCAAAUUUCUUUUGUGGAAGAGUCAUUAAAGACACACACCCUAUUUGUAGUGCUGGUAAAGCUUUGUGUUCAUAUAAGCACACAUACAAGAAGUUUGAUAAAUUCUAUUGCACGUCCUCUCAUCCAUGUGUCACUUUCACGGCGCUGAUGGAUAUGGGGGUCAGCGUCUGUGCCACCAGCAUUCCACCUCACAGCAGGCCUGCCUUUCUACAUUCUGCCCUUAGGAGCUUGCUUGGCACAGCCCAGAGUGGGCCAGUUCUGGCCAGGGUUCUCAGGGGCCGGUGAGUAAAGGUUCCAGCCUCUUCGAUUAGUGCUCAGUUUGGGGAUAUAUUCUGUGUGCUUCUCAGGGGGUCUCAACAGAAUCAGCCUCCUCUGCUCACAGGAGCAUCGCCUUACAUGACUCUUCUUCCUUCCUUGUGUCACUCUCCUUGCUUGUGGGAUCACUCCCCAAAUAAACCACCUGCACCCAAAUUUUUGUCUUAAUAAAGAUGAAAUUAUAAUGACA